UCUUCCGUUCCCUCCGUUCCUGUUCUUCUUUGCUACAAGACUUUAUCUGUCUGACUACUGCUGGGCACAGCUUCCUCGAAGCCAAAAUGUCAAAAUCAAUCAUAAGGUCAAUCAAGAACGUCACGAUCGGGUACUCGGUCAACCAGGUCAAAGUUCGGAAUGCAACCAGCAAUGAUCCUUGGGGUCCCAACUCUACCGAGAUGGAAGAAAUCGCCCAGCUGACUUUCGAUUUAACGGCGUUUCACGAGAUCAUGGAAAUGGUUGACCGUCGUCUCAACGACAAGGGCAAGAAUUGGCGGCAUGUGCUAAAGGCUUUGGUUCUUCUGGAUUACCUGAUCCAUUCUGGGUCUGAAAACGUCGUCGUAUGGGCCAAGGAGAAUAUCUACCUGAUCCGAACGCUCCGGGAAUUUCUCUACGUCGACGAAGAAAAUAAGGAUCAGGGCGCGAAUGUGCGCGCCAAGGCCAAAGAUCUUACCGGUCUUUUGAACGACGACGAGAGAAUACGAGCUGAACGAUCCAACAGGAGUCUGAUGCACAGCCGAAUCAACAGCGGUCGGAUUGCAGACGAAGUCCCUGAAAGACUAGGCAGGAUUAUGCCUACCCAGCAGUCGGAGAGACUCGACCCUUACGGUAUUGGUGUCGAUGCCCGAUCGUCAGCGAUCGAUGCCAGCGCGGAUGAGACCCAACUUGAUCCCGAACUGAGACAGGCGAUUGCUGAGAGCAAGCUGACUGCUGCAGAGGAGGAGUCUAGACGUCGCGAGCGGGAGACAAUUCCAGAUGAAGACGAAGAUCUGGCGCGAGCGUUGAAGCUGAGCGAAGAAGAGGCUCGUCGGAAACAGCAGCAGGAGUACUACGAGACGCAGAGACUAUCUGGACAGUUUCAUCAACCCCAGCCUACUUCACCUCUGAAGCUCCAGAGCACGGGCGAUUAUCAGUCUCCUUUCCAAAGUCCGUUCCAUACUGGACAACAGCAGUCCCAGCAGCAACCGCAGGCGGCAAAUAAUACCGAUCUGCUUGUUGAUAUAUUCGGACCGACCCCUGCUGCUGCCUCCACAACAUCUCCUGCACCAGCCACUAGCACUUACCCGCAGUAUUCUCAGCCUGCAAGUCAGACCACGUUUGGAGCCGUCUAUCCUCAAACUACUGGGUCGAAUUUCUAUAAUUCUCCGCCGACAUCGACGGCGCCGACGUUCGGCGACCAGACACAUUCCAACUCUCCGUUUGCAUCAAGCUCUCCAUUUGCGCAGCCAGCGACGACCUCGACUACUUCUCCGUUUGCCCAGCCAGCUACAAGCUCAACUACUUCUCCAUUUGCCCAGCCAGCUACAAGCUCGACUUCUUCCCCGUUUGCAAAUCCAGCUAGCAGCAACGCUGCAACUUCAUCUCCAUUCGCUGCCAGAUUUUCAAACCCAGUCAGCAGUAGUGCUGCGACCUCAUCCCCAUUUGGUGUCAGCUCCGGAACGAAUUCACCGUUUUCGCAGCCGCAGCAAUAUCCUCAGCAAUCAUCAAAUUCGCCGUUCAAAAACACCUCGAGCAACUCGCCAUUCUCCACUGCGCAGCCGGCGUCGACGAGUUCUGCGUUCCAGUUUCAGCAGACACCGACAUCGCCUGCUUUUAAGCCAACCACUCCGUUCAACACGACCCAGCCUGUGCAGUCGCAUACCACUGCCUCAGUUCUCGCAGCCCACUGGACAGUAUUCGCAGCCCACCAAUACUGGCUACCAGCCCCCCUCGCAACGGUUCCAGUAUUCCCAGCCCACCGGAUACAACAAUUUUUCUGCACCUUCCUCUACCGCCCCGCAAACGGGAUAUGCAGCUGCUCAAACCUCGCAGUCACCCUUCCAAGUCUCAUCGUACCCUACAGGUGGACAGCAGCAGCCGACGUCGCCUUUUGCAGCUCAGCAUGCAAGCAUGACUUCAGACACGCCUACACGAUCAAACAAUCCGUUUGCGCAGGACUCUUCCUAUGGUACUACUGGCAAUAGUGCACCGCCGUAUGACAAUCCCACUGGAAACGGUGGAUUUACGCAUACACAGAGAUCGUCCAACGAUUUCAGUCUUCUUUAAUUUUGUUUCAUAGUAGUUUUUUGUUCUUGUGUGUUUAAUGGAGAUUGAUAAAGUGGGAUUUUUGUAACUGUCUGUUUGUUUUUAAUAUUUGGUCACUUUGUGUAUUCUCUUGUUCUAUUUGUUGAUCUGUAGAUGUACUUUUUAAUCAAUCAGAGAAAUGUUGGAGAGAAAAGAAUGUGCGCUUGUAACGUAUGUCUAGAAGCUCCUUCCUCGGGACCACAUUGAGCUGUCAAAAUCAGACUCUGGUACCGCAGGCUUCGGGAUUAGCGUACAAAGAAUAUAGUUAGCCGCUUCUUUAUAGUAUAAAAUAGAUUGCCAACUCAUUUUA